AUGGCUCUCAAUAUUCUUGCACUUGCUGCACCCCUCUACAUGUUGCAGGUCUAUGACCGGGUGCUCACCAGCCAGAAUAUGGACACGCUGAUCGCCCUUACCUUGCUGCUCGGCGGUGUUUUUGUCGUAGUCGGUUUGCUCGACUGGGUCCGUCAGCGGAUGUUGAACCGUCUGGGGGCCAGAUUCGAACUGAAAGUCGGCGUGCCCGUUCUGAACGCUGCAAUGCAGCGGAAAAUUCACGGCAGCCAGUCGGCGAGCGACAAUUCGAUCGAGGAUGUGAACGGCUUCAGGGAUUUCAUUUCCGGAAGUACCUUGCUUGCGUUUUUCGAUGCGCCAUGGAUACCGGUCUACAUCGCCGUCCUUUAUGUUCUGCAUCCCUAUCUCGGCCAUCUUGGAUUGGCCGGAGCGAUCGUCCUGACUGUUCUGGCGCUGAUCAACAAUGCGCGCAGCCACGAAACGAUGAUGGAAGCUGCUGAAGCGCGCAGGCGUAGCGACACGCUCUACAGGGCAGGAGAGGCUAAUGCCGAAAUAGUCCAUGCCAUGGGCAUGCGUGGCGACCUUGCGCAAAGAUGGCGCCAGUUGCAAUUUGAAGCACAUCGCCUGAAAGGCAGGGUGAACGACCGCAUUUCCACAUUUUCGGUCGUCUCCAAAACCCUCCGGACAGGGCUUCAGUCGGCUAUUCUGGGGCUCGGAGCAGCCCUUGCGAUCACAGGCGAAAGCUCAGCCGGUAUCAUGAUUGCGGCAACCAUCGUGCUCGGCAGGGCCCUCGCUCCGAUUGACCAGUUGAUCGGGCAAUGGCGCAGCUUUCUGGCCGCGACGGGAUCUUAUGCAAAGCUGAAGAAACUUGUUCACGAGUUUCCGGCCGGUCAAAGACGGCUUCAGUUGCCUCGGCCGCAGGUGUCGGUCAGCGUAGCGAUCCAGAAGGCGGGUCCGCCGACGGCACAAAAUGCAACCUUGUCCGAUAUCCGCAUGAACCUGCAGGCCGGGGAUGCGGUUGCGGUGAUCGGGCCGAGCGCCUCCGGCAAGACGACGCUGGCAAAGAUGCUUGCCGGUGUCUGGACACCGCAGCGCGGCUCGAUCCGGCUUGACGGUAACCCGACGGCCAAAUGGGAGGCCGAGGACCUGGGCAGUCAUAUCGGAUACCUGCCCCAGGACGUGGCGCUGUUCGACGGCACGAUCAGGGAGAACAUUGCCCGUUUUGCUGCUGAAAUCCACGAUGCUCUCGUGCUGGAAGCUGCGCUAGCCGCCGACGUGCAUGACCUCGUCUCGAACUUGCCGGACGGUUAUGAAACACAGAUCGGCAACGGGUACUUCCUGUCGGGUGGCCAGCGUCAGCGGAUCGCACUUGCCCGGGCGCUUUACGGCAAUCCGUUUCUGCUGGUGCUCGACGAACCGAAUUCCGAUCUUGAUUCAACGGGCGAGGCCGCGCUCCAGAAAGCGGUCCGCGCCACGCAGGAGCAAGGCGGUGUCGUUGUGAUGAUGACCCAUCGUCCCAGCACCUUGCAGGUUGUUGACAAGGUGCUUGUGCUUAACCAGGGGGUCCAGACGGCCUUCGGCAGGCGCGACGAGGUCUUGCGCGACAUGAAGCGAAACGUCCUUCCGGCCCGUAGCCAGAACUCGAAUGAAAUCACCAAGACCAAUCAGGAAAGGGCAGGUGAGCCUUUGCCGGAGCCGCGCAUCGGCAAGCUUGUCGUGUUCGGCUUUCUCGUCGUGGCCCUGUUUUUUGGCGGAACCGCGUAUUGGGCGCAACAGGCUAAGUUGGAUGGUGCGGUGGUUGCCGAGGCCUCCUUCGUCGUCGAUGGAAAUCGGAAGACCGUGCAACACCUCGACGGCGGCAUCGUCCGCGAUCUGCUCGUGUCAGACGGAGACGUCGUCGAGGCCGGGCAGCCGCUGGUUGUCUUCGACAGUACCGAGGCGGAAGUCGAUCUGACGGUUCUGAGCAGCCAGGUCGGUGAACUGUCGGCGCGACGCGCACGUCUGCUGGCCCAGAUCGGCGGAGAAGCCACGUUCCGCAGGAAAGACGUUGCCAACAUGAUCGAAGAGGAAAUUCCCGAGGUCCUCUGGGAAAGCGCGUAUCUGACCCAGAAACGUGUGUUCGACACGGAAGCAAGGGCACGCAUGAGCGAACAAGAUGUCCUGAAACGCCGGUUAACGGCUCUCGAAGACGAGAUCGGGGGACUUGAAGAACAGCGCCAGUCCAAUGCGCGGCAGAUCGAGAUUUCCAGAAGUGAACUUGCCUCCCUUCAAACGCUGUUUGAAAAGGGGCUCGUUACCGCGGCAAGGAUCAACUCCAUACGCCUGGAUAUAGAACGUCUGGUCGGAUUUGAUGCGGGUUUCAGAACCGAUCAGGCCCGUGCGCGAAACGAGAUCGGCGAGCUUGAACUCAAUGAUUUCAGUGCCAAGCAGCAACGUCUUGAAUCAGCUUCUGAGAACCUUGCGGCGGUUGAGGCACAGCUUGCGGCAGUCGAACCGCAGUUCAAGGGUGCCGUGGAACGGCAAAAGCGGGUGGUCGUCAGCGCCCCGGUCAACGGGACUGUCGUCAACAUGGCACUUCACACGCUGGGUGGUGUGGUGCGUCCGGGAGAAGACAUUCUGGAACUGGUCCCGCUCAGUGAAGAGCUGAUCGUGGAAGCACGCAUCAACACCACGGACAUCGAGAAGCUCCGUGUGGGCCAGGCAUCAAGGAUCAGGCUGAGCGCCUUCGAUCUGGAGGACGUGCCGGAGGCAAACGGAGAGAUCUUCGAUAUCUCCGCCGAUGCGAUCACAGAUGAGAGGACGGGCGAUGCCUUCUAUGUGGCCAGAGUCAGACUGGACCGGGACCAGCCGGCGAGUGUCGAGCGCCUGGAGCUGGUUCCCGGCAUGCCGGCAGACCUCUUCAUCACGACAGGCGAACGCACCGUUCUCAGCUAUCUGGCGCAGCCAUUGAGCGAACGCCUGACGCGAACCUUCAUCGAGUGA